CAGUACACACCAUGCUCUAUAUAUACUGGUUUCAUUUGAUUUGCUCAAAUAGUAGAGUAAUAAGUUAAAUUGGAGAAUUGAUGAAAUGGGACCAUUUCUUUUGUAGAAACAGUUCAGUUGAAACUCUUCUUAGUGGAUUGUCCAGAAACAUUUCUGAGAAGAUGCAUGCUGAGCUCAGUUCAUAAAUAGCCUUACCACUUCCUCAUAUGGCACAUUUUGCAAAAUGGAGCUUGUCGUACUUCUCUGUGCCGUUUCUCUGCUGCAUUCAUGUGAAGCACAAGAGCCCAGUGCUGUGACUCCUGUGUUUGUGCAGAAGGGAGAGGAUGUCCUUCUGAAUGUCACAAUAGCUGAUGAUCCUGAAGAAGAUACUGUUACCUGGAAAUUCAAUAAAACAGUUAAUUUAGUACGAUUUUUACCUGGUAGAGGACCAAAAGUCUCUGAUGAUUACUCUGGAAGGAUUGAGUUGCUUGAGAAAUACUCUGUGAAAUUGAAGAAUCUACAAGAGGAAGACAGUGGAGUUUAUACUGCUGUAGUGUCUGGGGAUAAAGAAAAACAAAUAACUGGAUAUAAGAUCACAGUUCAAGGUGAGUUUAUUAACAAUCAGACACUGAUGGAGAGUUUCUGCUGCCAUGUUUCUAAAACCUCUCCACCUGCCUCUCCCCCCUCAGAUCCAGUGUCUCCAGUUAAACUGUCAGUGGACUCUGUGUCCAGCAGCUCAGACUGGUGUAACCUGACAGUGAGCUGCAGAGCACAGGACUCUCACAUUAACAGCACCUUUAGAUGUUACACCCACACCUGCAGUCAGGAGGGAGGAGAGAGAUCACAGGUCACACCCUCUGCUGCUGAUCUCCAUGUCUACCUGUCCAAUGGCUACAUCAUCUGUAACCAUAGCAACCAGGUCAGCUGCACCAAGGACAUCAAAAUAAUUAAACAUUUCUGCCCACGACUUGCUGGUAAGACUGAAUGACAAAACUAUAAACAGCUGAUAAUAAUGCACAGACUGGAG